GUCCCGCCGGCGGCGGCGGCAACAUGGCCUCGGCCGGUAACGCGUCGGAGCCGGAGACCAGCAGCAGCGCGGGCGGCGGAGGCCACCCCGGCCGGGCGCCGAGAAACGGCGGCGGGAGGCGGCGAAGGACUGGAGGGAAUCGGCGCGCCGCGGUGCCCGACCGGGAGUAUCUGCAGCGACCAAGCUACUGCGAUGCGGCUUUCGCCUUGGAGCAGAUUUCAAAGGGGAAGGCGACUGGACGGAAAGCGCCGCUGUGGCUGCGAGCAAAGUUUCAGAGACUGUUGUUUAAACUGGGCUGUUACAUUCAGAAAAACUGCGGGAAGUUUUUGGUUGUCGGCCUCCUGAUAUUUGGGGCUUUCGCUGUAGGAUUAAGGGCAGCUAAUCUCGAGACCAACGUGGAGGAGCUGUGGGUGGAAGUUGGUGGACGAGUGAGUCAGGAGUUAAAUUACACACGGCAGAAGAUUGGAGAAGAGGCCAUGUUCAACCCCCAGCUCAUGAUCCAGACUCCACAGGAAGAUGGUGCUAAUGUACUAACAACAGAAGCACUCCGACAGCACCUUGAGUCUGCACUUCAGGCCAGCAGAGUACAUGUCUAUAUGUACAACAGACAGUGGAAAUUGGAACAUUUGUGUUACAAAUCAGGAGAACUCAUCACAGAAGCAGGUUACAUGGACCAGAUCAUAGAAUAUCUUUAUCCUUGCUUAAUUAUCACUCCUUUGGACUGCUUCUGGGAGGGAGCAAAGCUACAGUCAGGAACUGCCUAUCUAUUAGGGAAGCCUCCUUUGCAGUGGAUCAACUUUGACCCUUUAGAAUUCUUGGAAGAGUUAAAGAAAAUAAACUACCAAGUGGAGAGCUGGGAAGAAAUGCUGAAUAAAGCAGAGGUUGGUCAUGGUUAUAUGGAUCGACCCUGCCUGAAUCCUGCUGAUCCCGAUUGCCCAAUCACAGCUCCCAAUAAAAAUUCCACCAAACCUCUUGAUGUAGCCCUUGUUUUGAGUGGUGGAUGCUAUGGACUAUCAAGAAAAUACAUGCAUUGGCAAGAGGAGCUGAUUAUAGGUGGUACAGUCAAGAACAGUUCUGGUAAACUUGUCAGUGCCCAGGCUUUACAAACCAUGUUUCAGUUAAUGACCCCUAAGCAAAUGUAUGAACAUUUCAAGGGGUAUGAAUAUGUUUCACAUAUCAACUGGAACGAGGACAAGGCAGCAGCAAUUUUGGAAGCCUGGCAGAGGAUGUAUGUUGAGGUUGUUCAUCAGAGUGUUGCACAAAAUUCUACUCAGAAGGUGCUUUCCUUUACUACGACCACCCUGGAUGACAUCUUGAAGUCAUUUUCUGAUGUCAGUGCUAUCCGAGUUGCUAGUGGCUACUUACUAAUGCUUGCCUAUGCCUGUUUGACGAUGCUGCGGUGGGACUGUGCCAAGUCUCAGGGUGCUGUGGGGCUGGCAGGAGUCUUGUUGGUUGCACUCUCUGUGGCUGCAGGAUUGGGCCUGUGCUCGUUGAUCGGAAUUUCCUUUAAUGCUGCCACAACUCAGGUUUUGCCUUUUCUUGCUCUUGGAGUUGGUGUAGAUGAUGUUUUCCUUCUGGCACAUGCAUUUAGUGAAACAGGACAGAAUAAGAGAAUUCCGUUUGAGGACAGAACAGGUGAAUGUCUGAAGCGAACAGGAGCAAGUGUAGCCCUUACAUCUAUCAGCAAUGUUACUGCUUUCUUUAUGGCUGCCUUAAUUCCUAUUCCAGCUUUAAGAGCAUUUUCGCUCCAAGCAGCUGUUGUGGUGGUGUUCAAUUUUGCUAUGGUUCUGCUGAUUUUUCCUGCUAUCCUGAGCAUGGACCUUUACCGUCGGGAGGACAGGAGACUGGACAUAUUUUGCUGUUUUACAAGCCCGUGUGUCACUAGAGUGAUUCAGGUUGAGCCUCAAGCGUAUGCAGAAAAUGACAAUACCUGCUACAGUCCUCCACCCCCGUACAGCAGCCACAGUUUUGCACAUGAAACCCAGAUUACAAUGCAGUCCACAGUGCAGCUGCGCACAGAAUAUGAUCCUCACACGCAGGUGUACUACACCACAGCAGAGCCCCGCUCAGAAAUAUCUGUGCAGCCAGUGACAGUGACACAAGAUAACCUGAGCUGCCAGAGCCCAGAAAGCACAAGCUCGACGAGGGAUUUGCUUUCCCAAUUCUCAGACUCCAGUAUACAUUGCCUUGAGCAACCCUGUACAAAGUGGACACUCUCAUCUUUUGCAGAAAAGCAUUAUGCUCCAUUCCUCCUAAAACCAAAAGCUAAGAUUGUGGUUAUUUUUCUUUUUCUGGGUUUACUUGGGCUCAGCCUUUAUGGAACUACCCGGGUAAGAGAUGGACUAGAUCUCACAGACAUUGUACCACGGGAAACACGGGAAUACGACUUUAUUGCUGCACAGUUCAAGUACUUUUCAUUCUACAACAUGUAUAUUGUGACACAGAAAGCAGACUAUCCAAAUGUCCAGCAGUUACUUUAUGAACUUCACAGAAGUUUCAGCAACGUGGCAUAUGUUUUGUUGGAAGAGGAUAGGCAGCUCCCCAAAAUGUGGUUGCACUACUUUCGAGACUGGCUGCAAGGACUUCAGGAUGCAUUUGACAGUGACUGGGAAACCGGGAAGAUCACUUACAACAGCUACAAAAAUGGUUCUGACGAUGCUGUUUUGGCUUACAAACUCUUGGUACAAACAGGCAACCAUGCAAAGCCUAUUGACAUCAGCCAGUUGACUAAACAGCGUCUGGUGGAUGCAGAUGGAAUCAUUAACCCAAAUGCUUUCUACAUCUACCUGACAGCCUGGGUUAGCAAUGACCCUGUGGCCUACGCUGCCUCGCAGGCCAACAUCCGCCCACACCGCCCAGAGUGGGUGCACGACAAAGCAGACUACAUGCCAGAAACACGGCUGAGGAUUCCAGCAGCCGAGCCCAUAGAAUAUGCUCAGUUUCCUUUCUACCUCAAUGGAUUGCGUGAAACUUCUGACUUUGUGGAGGCUAUUGAGAAAGUGAGAGCUAUCUGUAACAACUACACCAGCUUGGGGAUCUCCAGCUACCCUAAUGGUUACCCAUUUCUCUUCUGGGAGCAGUACAUUGGACUUCGUCACUGGCUCCUCUUAUCCAUUAGUGUGGUUUUGGCUUGCACGUUUCUGGUGUGUGCCCUCUUCCUCCUAAACCCCUGGACAGCUGGGAUCAUUGUGGUGGUGCUGGCUCUGAUGACUGUGGAGCUGUUUGGCAUGAUGGGUCUAAUUGGAAUAAAGCUGAGUGCAGUGCCUGUGGUUAUCCUGAUUGCUUCUGUUGGCAUUGGUGUGGAAUUCACUGUUCAUGUUGCUUUGGCAUUUUUAACUGCCAUAGGAGACAGGAACCAUAGGGCUGUCCUUGCAUUGGAACACAUGUUUGCACCAGUGCUGGAUGGGGCCGUGUCCACUCUGCUUGGGGUGUUAAUGCUUGCAGGAUCAGAGUUUGAUUUUAUUGUCAGGUAUUUCUUUGCUGUUUUGGCAAUCCUAACCAUUCUGGGAGUUCUCAAUGGAUUGGUGCUGCUUCCUGUUCUUCUCUCAUUCUUUGGACCAUACCCUGAGGUUUCUCCAACCAAUGGACAGGACAGAUUGCCCACACCAUCUCCUGAGCCACCCCCUGGUACUGUGAGGUUUGCACUGCCACCUGGCCACACAAAUAAUGCUUCAGAUUCCUCUGAUUCUGAGUACAGCUCUCAAACCACAGUGUCUGGAAUCAGUGAAGAGCUGCAUCAGUACGAGGCCACCCGAGGUCCUGGGGCACCAGCCCAUCAAGUAAUAGUGGAAGCGACUGAGAAUCCUCUCUUUGCAAGAUCCACUGUGGUUCAGCCGGAAGCCAGGCAUCAGCCGAGCCCUCGGCUGCAGCCGAAUCCAGAGCCCAGCACGCAGCAGCCAUGGCAUCAGGGCAGGCAGCCCAAAAGGGAAGCGAGGGAAGGGCCGCGACCACCUCCUUACCGCCCUCGCAGGGACGCUUUUGAAAUUUCUACUGAAGGGCCCUCGGCACCAAGCAGCAGCAGCAGCAGGGAUCGCUUGGGCCACAAGGCUCGCUCGCACAGCGUUCGGAGCCCGGCAUUCGGGGCCGCGGGCGCCGCGGGAGCAUCCUACUGCCAGCCCAUCACUACUGUGACUGCCUCAGCCUCAGUCACUGUUGCUGUCCACCCUGCCCUGCACAGCCACAGCCCUCGGGGAGCGAGCUUUCCGUCCUAUGAGGGACACCACGAGGCUGGCCAUGCGCCAUUUGAGGACCCCCACGUGCCUUUUAAUGUGCGAUGUGAAAGAAGGAAUUCUAAAGUGGAAGUUAUAGAACUGCAAGAUGUUGAAUGUGAGGAGAGGAUACCUGGCAACAGCUCACAAUAAGGGUAAUAACUGAAGCAAAGAAGAGGCCAAAGAUGGAAAACUGUAUUCCAGAACUGCUUGAAGAGAAGAACUGCUUGAAGUUGUAGAAAAGGACAUGCUGCAUCAGGACAACAGUUCACUGUUACUGUAACCUAUUGUAUUAUUUUGUUAAAUAUUUCUUUUAAGUAUUUAAAAGAUGUACACAUAUGUAAUAUACAAAAGAAUGAUGUAAAGUAGUAUAGUCUGGAGUAAUUUGCCUUUGGGCAAUAGAAUGGGGACAAAAUUGUGUGCUCUUUGUACUUUUUGUACAUUGAUAUCUGUGCCACAACUAAGCUUAAUCUAGUUCUAAAUUUCAGCAUAAGUUGCUGCUGCUUAAAUAUUUUAUAAUUUACUUGUAUAAUUCUAUGCAAAUAUUGCUUAUGUAAUAGGAUUUUUUAAAAGAUACAUGUCUGUUUAAAAUAUUUUAAAUUUGUGUAUCACAACCCUGUGGUAGUAUGAAAUGUUACUGUUAACUUUCAAACACGCUAUGCGUGGUAAUUUUUAAAAUAAGCAAAUAUGAAGAAAAGCGAGUUAAUCUGGGAGGCUUAAAUAGACUUAGCUAUGUGCAGGUUUUGUUUUGCUGUAUGUGUCCAAGCGUGCAUCUGGAAACAUGCCUGCUUUUGUGUGUAUGUUCCUGGUGUACUCUAGUUUCUCUUUUACUGUAUGUUAACACUUGGUGGGUUUGCAAACCCACUCAUGCUGAUGUGAGUCUGGCUUUCCCUGUUAGUAGGCACUAGUGAAAACUCUGUUGUUGUUUACCAAUAUAUACAACUAUAGACUGCCAUCAUCAAAGGCCCAACUAAAAUACUAGAGAAGACAGGGAGUUGAGGUUUAGAAUUAUAUUUCAGUUCCCAAACCCUUAAAGACUUGUUUCACAUUACUUUAGUCAAGUUACUUAACUGCCCCAUGCCUCAAUUUUUCAUUCUGUAAAAUGGUUAUAAUUACACUUACCUACCUCCCAGGAAUGUUGUGAGGCUUAAUGACAGUUCAUGUAGUGCUUCGAGUUUUUUUUUUCCCUCGCAAAAUAUGCCAGGUAAGUGCAAGCACUA